AUGGGGAUUAAAGGAAAAUUGGUUUCCCAAAUAGAUAUUAAAUCCGAUGGGGAUGUUUUCCAUGAAAUCUUUAGAGAGAGACCUCAUCAUUUAUCAGGCAUGAGCCCUGCUAACAUUCAGAAAUGUGAUUUGCACGAGGGUCAGUUGGGGACUGUUGGCUCUGUCAUCUACUUGAACUACACCCACGAUGGGAAAGACAGGGUUGCAAAAGAGAUAAUUGAAGCAAUAGACGUGGAAAAGAAGUCUGUGACCUACAGGGUCAUCGAAGGAGACCUCAUGGAGUUAUACAAUAACUUCACACUAACCAUCCAUGUAGACACCAAUGGAGACGACAACUUGGUAACAUGGACUUUGGAGUAUGAGAAGAAGAACGAGAAUGUCCCAGAUCCCAACACAUUGAUGGACGUCUGCCUUGCUGUUACUAAAGAUAUUGAGAGUCACCAUCUUGCCAAGCCCAAUUAA